AUGUCGGUGUCUCUCUCCAGUCACCCCGCAGUGAGGGACAGGAGUCUGGCUGUCUACCCGUCUAUGCCCGGCGCGCACAGCAUCUUCCAUCCGCUCAAGUCUCUGGGCCGCAUGGUGACCGACGCACAGACAAUCAUGCCGUUUAACUUCGCCGGGACUCCGUCUUUUUUUAGCCACAACAGCCAUCAAACCGCGGCGUUCCAUGAGCAGAUUCUCAACGUGUCCAGCAUGCCAUAUUUCCAGCACACGCAGCCGUCACAAAGCAUGUACAACGGACAUGAGCAGAGCACCGGCUGUCCGUCCGAGUUCAGCAGCCCGUCCAGUGGAAAGUCUUCUUCGGCUUCAUCCUCUCCGGUUAAGGACAGUUUCAGCUGCCUGAAGGCCGCAGAUACAUCGCCAGAACACACGCGCACCUACAGUUUUACAGAGGAAGACCUCUUCACUGUCCUGUACGGAUAUUCCAAAAAACAAGGGCAAAAUGUUGGACAUGCCAUAUCUGGAUUAUCAUUUCCUCUCAAAACAGCUGAUCGUCAUAUUCUACCUGUUGAUACCGACGGAUUUGAACUCCCAGAUGGUUUAUCGAUUCUCCAAACUAAUUGUGGAAGCCUUUCCCAUUAUGGAGUAUUUGCUGAUAAAAGCACAAUUUCAAAAGGCACCAGGUUUGGACCGUUUCAGGGCAAACUAGUGAACACAAGUGAGAUCAAAGCCUAUGAUGACAACACUCUCAUGUGGGAGCACUCCGGCGAGCGGCCGUUCAAGUGCAAACACUGCGGGAAAGCGUUCGCCUCUCACGCGGCCCACGACAGCCACGUCCGACGGACGCACUCCAAAGACAAGCCCUUCUCCUGCGAUGUGUGUGGAACCACUUUCCAAGGAGCACAAGAGUUGAAAUUUCACAUGAAGACGCAUAAAAAACGACCACUUUUGGACAACACUGUUGUUCUUCCUGGAAACGAAAACACGCUCUUCCCCAUAGAUUCUUUGCAUCCACAGAAACAGCUGGGAGACAAUUUCUCUUUUCCCGGGAUGAGCAGCAUCACCUCCGAGUACAGACCCUGGAACUAAUGCUUCAUGAGUCUAUGACUCUUUCUGUUAUUCUGCCUUUUCUCAGCAAAGAUGUCUUACGUCAAUGUUAUUUGCUAUUGUGUAUUUGAUUUAACGUAGCCUAGUUAGCCUGCCUGUCCCCUAAGAAAAUAUGUUCGCUUUAAUUUUAUUAUUUUAAAAGUUUUUUUUUUGUUAGUUUUUUUGCUAUUUAUUAAAAUGUAUUUGGCUAGAGAAAUACGUGUUUUUGUACUUUUUAAAGUUAGCUGAAAGCAAAUAUAUCGGCGUGUAAUAGUGAGCUGCACAAACAAA